GAGGGCGCUAGUGAGUGAGCUAGGCAUAGAGGAUUAUGAUGUCAUAGAGGCUUAGAAUCUUGGCAUUAGCAGGGAAGGGAACCAAUCUGGUUCAGAAGACUUUGGCUUCUGAUAGUCAUGGACUCACUAGGCUGCUGAGGAAGAUCAAUAAUAUCUACUGGAAUCAGUCAUGAGAAGUCAAGCAUGGAAAUUGUGAAUUGAGAAGUGUGUGGCCAGACCAGUACCUCCAAGUGUCCAAAAGAUGUGUGACCAGCCAAAACACAGUCAAUGCUGCCCAGCAAAAGGCAAUCAAUGCUGCCCACCAAAACAGAACCAGUGCUGCCAGCCAAAAGGCAAUCAAUGCUGCCCACCAAAACAGAACCAGUGCUGCCAGCCAAAAGGCAAUCAAUGCUGCCCUCCAAAACACAAUCACUGCUGCCAGCCAAAACCCCCUUGCUGCAUUAAGGCCAGGUGCUGUGGUUUGGAGACCAAGCCCGAAUGCUCACCGCUUAAUAUGGAGUCUGAGCCCAACUCACCACAAACUCAGGACAAGGGCUCUCAAACCCAGCAGCAGCCCUAUAGCCCACAAAAUAAGUCCAGUCCAAGCAAAUGGGAGCAGAAGUCAAACAAAUAG